AUGCGUGUAUUACCACGACGGCAGUCAUAUCUACGCCGAAGAUGUCGACGGAUAACUCGCGUAACGACGGAAGAUGUGAGGAUCGAGGACAUCCAAUUGUGUGGAUCCGACAAUCAGACGCCAGAAGAGAUCGACCGUUUUCGCCAGCGGAUCUGGAAGUUCCGACAUCUCCUGAUUGGCAAAGGAAAUGCGCCCCCACUGGCAGCCCGAGGGGUUGUGUGCGAUAUUGAUAUAGGAGUAGCUCGGCCGAUCGCGCUCAAGUGUCGUAAGCUGCGGAUUCAGUUCGGAGAGAAAUUGGCAGAGUUGAUCAAGAGUCUCCUGUCAGCGAAGAAUAUCAACCACUCAAGAUCUCCAUGGGCAUCGCCGAUCGUUGUGAUCAUCGAGAAGAAUGAUGUAGAUAUACAAUUGUGCAUUGAUUAUCGUCUGACACAGCUGAUGGUUUAUCCGAUUCCGCUGAUCAACGAUCUACUGGAGGAUCUUGAGUCUACAUCAUGGUUUUGUUCACUGGAUAUGUCGAGUGGAUUUUGGGUGGUGAAGAUGACGGAUAGGGCCCGCCUGAUUUCAACCAUUAUCACCCCAUUUGGACUUUCCGAGUAG